CAUCAUAUCUAAGUAGUUUUGUUGGAAGGGGGCUGUUGGGUGCGAGCUCACAAGGCAUCAGGGUUAGGCGUAGCGACACGGCGCCCAAAAGCUUGGACUUGUUGCUCUCCAAGUGAGGUGUUCUGAUAAACAGCAUCAUUCACAGUGAAGCGGGGGCUUUCAUCGAGCCCCAGUGAAUUGGCGCCCUUGCGCGGAGCGUCGCAGUGAGCAGGAGCGAGCGCAAGUUUGGCAAGAAAAGAUGCAGAGCGGUUGUCGGCAGCGCACUAGCGCUGGCACCGCGGCGCGCUCGCGACUGAAUGGCGCGCUGCCGGUUGCGUUGCCACACGCCUUCGCGGCGCGCCACCCCGGCUCCAGCCCGCUCGCCGCUGACGACCUCGCGGCCGCUUGCUCCAGAUGGACUGCGGGGGUCAGUCACCUCGGCACCAGCCAUUGCGCUCGCCGUGCUCAGGGGUGUAGGCUGCUGCUGGUUCCGGCCUCCACGGAUGCCAGCAGCGCACGGCCCCUGACCGCGACCGCGGCAGCGGAUGCGGAGGCGCCGGCAGCUGGCGGCGACGGGCAGAUGGAGCAGGAGUGGGAGCAGGAGAUUGACGAGCUGAUGAAGCUGGUGCAGCUGCUGCCCGCCUCGGUGCGCGCCGCCCUGGAGGAUCACCCGCAGAUGCUGGAGCUGUUGGAGGUAGUGAUGGACCUGGGCCGGCCGCCGCUGGCGCGCUUCCCCGGCGGCGAUGUGAAGCUGAGCACGGCCGCCAUCACCGCCGAGGACCUGGAGUUCGCAGUGCGCCAGGUGGGCGAGUUCGGUGGCGACAACCGCGCCGGCAUUGACCGCACGCUGCACCGCAUCAGCUGCAUGCGCAACCGCACCGGCCGCAUCAUCGGCCUCACAUGCCGCGUGGGCCGCGCCAUCAAGGGCAGCGCACAGAUGGUGCGGGACCUGGUGCUCAGCGGCGCGAGCAUCCUGCUCCUGGGCCGCCCGGGUGUGGGCAAGACCACCGCCAUCCGCGAGGUGUCGCGAAUGCUGGCAGACGAGUGCACCAAGCGGGUUGUGAUCGUGGACACCUCGAAUGAGAUCGGUGGGGAUGGAGACAUCCCGCACUCGGGCAUCGGCCGCGCGCGCCGCAUGCAGGUGGCGCACCCGGAGGCGCAGCACCGAGUGAUGAUUGAGGCGGUGGAGAACCACAUGCCUCAGGUGAUUGUGAUCGACGAGAUUGGUACGUCGGAGGAGUGCGGCGCGGCGCGCACCAUCGCGCAGCGCGGCGUUCAGCUGGUGGCCACGGCGCACGGCAACGAGCUCGAGAACGUAAUCAAGAACCCGCAGCUGGCAGACCUGGUGGGCGGCAUCCAGAGCGUGACUCUGGGUGACGAGGAGGCCAAGCGGCGCGGCGUGCAGAAAUCCAUUCUGGAGCGCGCGGCGCCGCCCACCUUCGACGUGUGCAUCGAGAUGCUGGAGCGCACCAAGUGGCGGGCGCACCUGGACGUGGGGCAGGCGGUGGACAUGGUGCUUGCGGGCGGCGAGUCGGGCGGCCAGGUGCGCGAGAAGGCUGCGGACGGCACCAUCCUCAAGUACAACUACAACCCCGCCAUCAGCGGCGUCAUCCGCACCAGCAGCGGGCCAGCCAUGGCGGGACCUCGAGGCGGCGGCGGCGGUGGUGGUGCGGGUGCCGGCGCAGGCACGGCGGGUGCGGCUGGCGCCGCAGCGGCGGGCUCGUAUCGGGAGUCGGCCGCUGCAGCAGACGCGCCGCCGCUGCGUGCCCCGGGCAACUCGUUCGUGCGCUCGCCGGUGGCGACCACGGCGUCGCUUGACGGCGACGACGACGGCGCGGCUGGCGACGGCGACUUUGGCGCGGGCAAGCGCCUGCGCCGCAUCACCUCGCGCCAGGCUGUUGCGGGCGUGACGGCUGACAGCGCCAGCCUGCGGCUGUACCCGUACGAGCUUGACGAGGACGUGCUGUGGGAGGUGCUCACCGACAUGCGGCUCACCGGCAAGAUCUUCAUCACCUCCUCGCUCGCCAAUGCCGACGCCGUGCUGGCCCUGCGCGCCAAGGUCAAACACAACGCCGAGCUGCGGGCCAUGGCGCGCGAGUCGAGUGUGCCCAUCUACGCCGUCAAGACCAGCGGCAGCGCCAACCUGGUCAAGGCCUUCCGCACCCUGUUGGGCAUUGACCCCUCGGCCGGCGGCGCCUUCGGCCCCGGCAGCGAUAGCGAGGAGGGCCCCGUGCCGCCGGCCGUGUCAGGCACCACCGGCUCCAUCCUGGGCUCGGUGGACGAAGCCGACGCGGCGCCGGGCGGCAGUAGCAGCAGCAGCGGCUUUGGCGGCUUUGGCGGCGGCGGCAGUAGCGCCGCCGCGGCCAAGGGCUACAGCUACAAGGCAUGGGCGGAGGAUGAGGCGCUGGAGGAGGCGCAGGUGGCUGUGACGGAGAUCGUCAUCCCGCUGCACCAGCCUGUGGAGCUCAUGCCGCGGGCGCGCAGCGUACUGGAGGCGCAGAUCAAGCUGCUUGAGCGGUACAAGCUGUCACACGAAAUUGUGGGUGCGGGCGCGGAAGCGCGCAUCCGCAUCCUGCCCGCUGUCAGCGCGCCCGCCGCCACCGGCGGGAGAGAGUAAGCCGGGGGCUGCGGAUCUUUCGGCGGGGCCGGUGUUGUGUUGUCGGCAUCCUUUAAGUUUAGAUGUCACAUGGCAGGGCCGAGCAAUGGUGAGCAACAGCAAAGGAGUAUGCGGUGGCGAUGUGGACCAGUGCGCUGCGGGCAAUGCAGGAGAGCAGGGAGGGGCCCGGGCCGCCCGGCUUCAAGCACUUGUGCUACUUGGGUUUGGCGUGUUGCGUGGGGUGUGGCCGUGUUCACGUGACGUGUGCACGGCGAGUGCUGGAAGCCUCGCGAAAUGGAGGCAAGUGACAAAAGUUGUAUGCGACGAGAUGUCCUGUCUGCUGCGUUCGGGGACGCAGCGUGGAGAAGCUAAGCCACAGUUGGGCACACAUCACUGUUGUUGUGUGCGCCACCUCCUCCGCACCGCUGUGUGUUUGGAGUGGUUAUCGGUGGCGUUGUAUCUUUUGUACCGCGACUAGACGCUUGUGGCGCGGAGUGGCUGUCGCAGGAGUGGAUACGGGCGCGUGAAUCACAAGUUAUGUCGUGUGGGUCGGCGUGACGCCCGUCGUGUCAGGGCGAUCGCGGGCUCGAACAGCUCGAUUGGGCACCUGGUGAAAUAAGCAGGUACACAUCAAUGCAAUACAUAUCCGAUUUUGAAAUUCUU